AUGCCUGGUUCUGUGGAAUUGCAGGGGAAAGAGCUGGAGUUUCUUUCCAAGUUGGAUCAGCCCUGUACUUUGCCCUUCUCUCUGAAGGUCCAACCAGAUGAUCUCUCUCCUGAUCAAACGAAGAGACCACAGCACAAAUGGUUCUGUGCCUGGCGAUCUUUUAACACAGUCAGCAUCAUUCCAGCAGCAGUUUUGAGGGACUGUUCAGACAGCCUAAGCACGACUGAUCAAAGAGAAUGGUUUCCACUGCACAAGGUUGCUGCUCGGCCAAUUCCACAAGUAUUUGAAGUCACUUUAGAUGCUUCGUAUGAAUCAAUGUGGAAAUACAAAACAUACAAUGGAAAAAUAGCAUCAACUUUGUUGGCUUUGUGGAAAACAGGAAGUGGAAUGAUCCUGGAAAAGGGUGUUUAUCCCAACACCAUUAUACAAGGAGAAACUCCACUUCUUUAUUGUAAGGACAAAUAUUGAGGAACACCAUUAGGGGUUACAGCUGCAUGUGGUCACUGCAAUGUGCUGGAGCAUCUUAAUAAUAAAGGUGGAGAAGUCAAGACCUUAGAUGAUCGUGCAUCAGUAUUGUUUCAAGCAGCUGGAGCGUAUUCUAACUGCACAACUCUGUUUUUGAAAUGUGGAGGAAGUGGCAAUGUGCCUGGUGAGGCAGGACUGCUUCCCAUACACAGUGACUUUUUUGUUCACUGUUUUAGGGGUGGAAAGUAUAUCAUUGCAGCCACAUCCCAAACUUUAAUCCAGGAUAGUGGGUCACGCACUCUUCACUCUGCUGUGGAUGGCCAGAACCAGUGUCUAGAGCUUGUAAUUGAAAAUAGUUUGGAUGUCAACACUCUCUUGUCUGAACACAUAACUUCAAAUACUUAUGAUGACAGAAGGGACACUGCACUUUGUUGUGCUGUUUCUAAUAAUGAGAUUCUUUAUACCAAAAUAUUGGUCAAAGAAGGAGCAAAUCUAAACAAGGAUCCUUUAAACUGUGCUCUCAUGGCAGUGAGAGCUGACAGCCAUGGAAUUGUAAAGCUGCUCUCUUAUGGAGAAGAUGUCAACUUAAUUUUGUUGCUCAAUGAUACUCAUUUCCCCAGCGCAUGGUAUUCUUAGACUGGUGACAUGAUGCUGAGGCUGUUGCUCAGCCAUGGAUAUAAUGUGGAGAUGUGUUUGGACUUCAUGUGUCAGGGUAUCUUUAGAAAUUCUUUUGUGUGACCAGCUCCAGAGCAUGAACCUAUUCCUGGUAGAACUACUUUUUCAAUAAAGAAUAAAUUAACCUGUGAGUUUAUUGCUGUUCCAUAUUUGAGACAUUUAUCUGGAAAAGUGACUUACGUUUUUAUGGAUUACUUAGAUUAUGUGCCUCAAAGCACAAGAAUUCAGUUUUCCAUAGAAGCACAGGAAGAAUGAACAGACAUACACAGACUCGAUCUGACACAAGCAGCUGCACCAGGCUGUGAGCUCUCCAAGGAGCCGGACAUUCAGCAGUGGUUACAUCAGCCUUUAGCCUUUUCCACACCCGUGGGAUGGACUUUGUAG